GACCAAAGCCCGCACAUUUGGUACCUACUCAAUCGCAAGCGGUAUCCCUACUUCUCAGCUCCCGCUCAAAAUGCGCCUCCUCCACCAAGCCCUAACGGUCUUCUUGGCUUCCCUCCUCCUCGACACCGCCGCCGCCGAGCCAUUCUGUUACGAAGGCUCCACCCGUCCGGACCCCAACGAAUGCGCCGUCUACCACAUCUGCGACUUGGGAAAAUUUCAACGGACGCGCUGCCCCCCGGGUCAGGCGUACAGCGUGCUCACGGGGGGCUGUGUGCCUGAGUGGCGGUCGCCGGGAUGUCACGAGGGGGUUCUCCCGGACAAAUUCGACUGAGCGUGACGUGGAUUCUCUUCUCCUUGGGGAUCUUUCGAUGUAUGGGUGGGGUUUGAUAGCGUUCUUGUUUUAAACUCUAGUAUGUUGUCACAUGUGCGCCCUUUUCAAUGAAACCAAU